UAGCCGCGGUCGCCAUUAUUCUUCGUGACUUGACAUUCGAGAAAAAUACAUUUAUUCUAAUUAUAUCGUAUAUUUUCACAUCAACGGCACACUUUUUAUCUUUUAUGUAAUUCGUGGAUUCCCCCCGUGAGUCUGCAACGUUGAUAGGCGGCCACAACAUGCACAGGCGAUCCGAGAGUGUCGGUACUCUCCCCCUGGCCUCCCUUCGACUGAUGGCCUCCCCCCUGCAGCUGACCUACUCGUUCAUGUGGCAGGUGAUCCGCCAGAGAAAUGUCAGCCACUACAAGAAAGUGGAGGAGUUUGUCACUGUGGUGACACAAACCGUUCCAGAGCUCAUGAGUUUCAAGCAGACGGCCCAGCUCAUUUUGGGCUUGAGGGCAAGGAUAAUUUUGGAUUUGCUCCAGCGAGAAGGCCAACCAGACGGCCGUGUGAUUCAAACGCUCAUAAAUAAACUGAAGAUCGUGACACCUACGGUGGACGCGGAAGUGGAGAAAUGUCAAACCAACUUCAUGGUGUUGGUCCAGAAUCUGCUGAAAAGCCCCACUGAAAGGAAGCACUUCUUUAAGGAAGUGUUCCCGGUUCAGUACGGUACGAAGUUUGACACGGCGCUGCAGACUCUGACAGCCGGCCUGGUGUGCAAGUUGGAGCAGCUGCUUCCUGUUCCCAAUCUCUCCCAGCUCAGUGCGAUGAUUUCAUCCGAGCCCACUAUGCAGGAGGUGGGCUGGAGCAUCAUCCCUGAAGGUGACGACCUCAAAGCUCUCCUCGUGUUCCAGCAGUCCAAGGGGCUCCUGUCUGGUAAAGCAACCAUCUCGUCUUCAGUGGGGGACUGCGUCCUUUCGUCCCUCUCCUAUCUACUCAAACCUGUCCAGCCUCCGGCUCCGCAACCGCCACCGCCGCCUGUGGUGAGCCCUCCUUCGCAGCAACCCGUAGUCACGCCUCCGAUUGCGAGCCCUCCUCCGCUCACUGUCCAAGAAGACUUAGACGACACGUCAGACGACUCUGACGACGCGUCGGCUUUAGUCACAGCCUUGCAGGUUGAAGACACCGACCGAAGCGACGCUGCGGAGACGGCAGUCCCUGAAGUGAAUAUAGCUGAAAUGAAAGGAGUAGAGGGAGCAGACAAGACGGAAACGCCGCGACCUCCUGUGAAGUCCAUCCCGUUUAAGGUCGUUUCUGUGCCCAUGAAAACGGAUUCCACCCUGACGAAAGACGGCCAAAAGGUCCAAACGCAGCGUGUCACACUCCACCAGUGGGUGUCGCAGAUCGCUACCAACACGAUUUCCCUCCCGGCGUUGCCGCCGCUUCCCCUGGACAGGCUUAGCGAUGAAGAUUAUUCUCGGCCGAGCAUCCGCAGAAAGAAGCAAAUCAGGCCCCCGCCGGACAGGUUCAACUGCAGCAUGUGCGACAAGAGCUUCCCUUACCAGUCCAAGCUGGUGGACCACGAGCGCAUCCACACGGGCGAGAAGCCCUUUGCCUGCACGUCGUGCAACAAAAGCUUUCGCACGCAGGCGUUCCUCAACAACCACCUGAAGACGCACAGCACGGCGCGGCCGUACACUUGCGGCCAAUGCGGCAAGUGCUUUGCCAAACUGCAGAGCCUCGCCAAGCACAUGCUAGCGCACAGCGGCCAGAAGCCUUUCUACUGCAACAUCUGCAACAAGGGCUUCACGCAGUCCACCUACUUCAAAAGGCACAUGGAGUGCCACACCAGCCAAAUGACGUUCCCGUGCAAGCACUGCAACAAGAGCUUCCCCACCGCAUUCAAGCUAGCCAACCACGAGCGCUGGCACACCCGAGAUCGCCCUCACAUGUGCGAGCGCUGCGGCAAGUGCUUCCUGGUGCCCAGCCUGCUCAAACGACACAUGGGCUACCACAUCGGGGACCGCCAGUACCUCUGCUCCCAGUGCGGGAAAACCUUCGUGUACCUCUCGGACCUGAAACGACACCAGCAGGACCACAUGCCCAAAACCAAGAUCCCGUGCCCCGUGUGCCAAAAGAAGUUCUCCAGCAAAUAUUGCCUGAGGGUCCACCUGAGGAUCCACACCCGGGAGAGACCGUACCGCUGCUCUAUCUGCGAGAAGAGCUUCACGCAAGUAGGCAAUCUGAAAGUCCACAUCCGGCUGCACACCAACGAACGGCCCUUCAGCUGCUCCCAGUGCGGCAAGACGUACAAGCUGGCGUCUCACCUCAACGUCCACAAACGGACUCACUCGUGCAAGAAGCCGUGGACGUGCGAAACGUGCGGGAAGGGCUUCAGCGUGCCGGGCCUGCUGAAGAACCACGAGCAGGUGCACCUGCGCGAGGCCAACCCGGACUUCGCCGCCAAACGCAGGAACAGGCAGAAGCAGAAGAAAAAUCCCCUCAAGAGGAAGUUUGACGAGGAGGACGAGGAGGAGGAUCCCAUCGAUGAAUAUGUGGUGCCUUGAGAUAUGAGCGACUCCACAAUGAAAUGGACUUGACUUGAGAAAAACCUCUUUAAAGUUCCGCUUAAUGUUACUAGACGUAUUUUUUUUCCUCGUAAAAAUACUAGGGCUGUCAAACGAUUACAAUUUUUAAUCGAGUUAAUCACAGCUUAAAAAUUAAUUCAUCGUGAUUAAUCGCAAUUCAAACCAUCUAUAAAAUAUGCCAUAUUUUCUGCAAAUUAUUGUUGGAAUGGAAAGAUAAGACACAAGACGGAUAUAUACAUUCAACAUACUGUACAUAAGUACUGUAUUUGUUUAUUAUAACAAUAAAUCAACAAGAUGGCAUUAACAUUAUUUACAUUCUGUUAAAGCGAUCCAUGGAUGGAAAGACUUGUAGUUCUUAAAAGAUAAAUGUUAGUACAAGUAAUAAAUUUUAUAUUAAAACCCCUCUUAAUGUUUUCAUUUUAAUAAAAUUUUCUAACAAAAAAUAAACUAAUAGCUCGCUAUUGUUGAUGUUAAUAAUUACACAAUGCUCAUGGUGCUGAAACCCAUAAAAUCAGUCGCACCCAAGCGCCAGCAGAGGGCGACAAAACACCAAAAACACAAGUAACAAAUGGACAUGACACUUUGCUGUCAUUUUAAUCCGUUUGAGCGAGGCAUGUGCGUUAAAUGCGUCAAAUAUUUUAACGUGAUUAAUUACAAAAAUUAAUUACCACUCGUUUACGCGAUAAUUUUGACAGCCCUAAAAAAUACACAUUACAGCUAUUUUGAAGAUGAAUUUAGAACUGAUAAAUGGUUCAACCAUUCAUUUCAGUUGGAAAAUAAGUUUUACCAGUCUUCUGUAUGAUCAGUGUGGACGCCGAAUGGAUUCAACUCAAAAACUUCACAACUCAGAAGAGACUCUUCAUCUGUAAUGUGGCUCUUUUUCUGGAUUUUUCAGUCGUUCACACUUUGUUUUCCUCUAACACCUAAACUGUAAAAGUAUUUUGUAGUAUACCAUUGCAUGUGAUUCUUGACAGAGUUUUGCUCUUGCUUUUUUUUGGAACAUACGAUGGUAUGAAAAAGUAUCUGAAACUUUUGGAAUUUCUCACAUUUCUGCAUAAAAUCACCAUCCAACAUGAUCUGAUCUUUGUCAAAAUCACACAGAUGAAAAAAAAUGUCUGCUUUAACUAAAAGCACCCAAAAAUUUAAGGGUUUUCAUAUUUUAAUCAGGAUAGUAUGCAAACAAUGACAGAAGGGGGGAAAUAAGUGAGUGAACCAUCACAUUUAAUAUUUUGUGACAGCAAUAACUUCAACCAUACACUUCCUGUAGCUGCAGAUCAGUCUGGCACAUCAAUUAGGACUAACCUUGGCCCAUUCUUCUCGACAAAACUGCUGUAGUUCAGUCAGAUUCCUGGGAUGUCCUGCAUGAAUCGCUGUCUUUAGGUCAUGUCGCAGCAUCUCAUUGUGGUUCAAGUCUGUACUUUGACUUGGCCACUCCAGAACGUGUAUUUUGUUCUUCUGAAACCAAUCUGAAGUUGAUUUGCUUCUGUGUUUUGGAUUAUUGUCUUGUUGCAGCAUCCAUCCUCUUUUUAGCUUCAACUGUCUGCCAGACGGCCUCAGGUUUUCCUGCAAAACAUCCUGAUAAACUUUUGAAUCCAUUCUUCCAUUAAUGAUUGCAAGUUGUCCAGGCCCUGAGGUAGCAAAACAGCCCCAAAUCAUGAUGCUCCCUCCACCAUGCUUCACAGUGAGCUGUUCCAUUUUUCCUCCACACAUGACAAUUCAACUUUGGUUUCAUCAGUCCACAUAAUAUUUUACCAAAACUUCUGUUGAGUGUGCAAGUGCCUUGUUGAGAAAGCCACAAUGGUUUUUUUUCUUUUAUUUCCUCCGUGGAGUCCUCCAAUGAACACCUUUUUUGGCCAAAGUUUUACGUAUAGGUUAUGUGUGCACAUAGAUACUGGACUGUGCCAGUGAUUUCUGUAAGUCUUUAACAGACACUCUAGGGUUCUUUUUUACCCCUCUGAAUAUUCUGCGGCAGUGGUGUUACCAGGAUGCCAGCUGUGGGUGGGUGCAAUCUUUGAUACCGUGUAAAGACAAAUUCUAAAUACACUAUGUAGCGCCCCCUAGCAGUCAUUCUUUGUCCCGCCGAGGCUUUGAGCCCUACUUUGACCCCCUCAGAAAGCUUCAAAACUCACCAAACUCAACAGCCAGGUGAACACUGGUGAAAACUUUGAUAAAAUGUAAAAAAAAAAAAAAAAUUUUUAAUCUGUGAAAAAUGUGUGUAGCGCCACCUAGGAACAAAACCAACAUUUUUAUAACUUAGAACACAACAUAAAGCUUAGAACACAUCAGUACCAUAUGAAUGGGAUACCAUACGCAGUGCCCAGACUGCUGUUAGUACUACAUCCAGUUUUCUUUGGGUAGGCAGAGCGUGUCUGUGGGUGGGCACUGCCCACCCCGGUACGCCCCUGUUCUGCGCUGAAUCUUUGUGUGAUCUUUGGUGGACGGCCACUCCUUGGGAGACAAGCAACAGUGCCAAACUCUCUCCAUUUGUAGACAACUCCGACUGUCGAUUGAUGAACUCCCAGACUUUUAGAGAUGGUUUAGUAUCCUUUUCCGGCUUUAUAUAAAUCCUUGAUCGCAGGUCUUCAGACAGCUCUUUUGACCGAGCCAUGAUGCACAUCAGACAAAUCUUACCAGGUGUGUGUUUUAUAGUGGGCAGGUCAUUGUUUGCUUGCUAUCCUCAUUAAAAUAUGAAAACCUAUAAAUGUUAGGGUGAUUUGCGUUACAGCAGACAGUUUUUUUUUUUUUUUUUUAAUCUGUGUGAUUUUGACAAAGAUCACAUCACAUUUGAUGGUAAUUUUAUGCAGAAAUAACUUGAAAUAGCUGUAGCUUGCUUUCUAUUAGACGGGUGUUCUUUAGUGACUCGUGUUACCUGAUUCUAGUUUUCAAUGUUGUUAUAGAAUUAAGAUUUUUUUUUUUUUUUUUUUUUUAUGUAAACGUGGUGAAAUUGUUAUACACACAUGUAAACCUUAUUUAGAAUAAAAAUAUUUGUGAUUACAUUAUUGACUUUUUGUCACUUGCUCAUUUAUCUUAAUAUCCAAUGAUGACGUCUGUCAUUAAUCAUUCUUCCUAGCCCUGAGGCAAUCACUCUCCUAACACUUAUAAUGUUUUAUCCUAAUGACCUGAAUAUUUUUUCCUCAGUCCUUUGGGACUUUCAGGAUAAGCCAGUCUAAGUCCAGUUUAAUUGACGCUCCCUUGCAUAUGUUACUCUCGAUUAAAGACUGCUUUUGGAAAGGUAGCAGUAAUAGAGGGAACAUUGAGGUCAGACACUCUUAGAUGUCAUGGUUUGAAUUAAGCUUUUAUGUGUAGUACGCUAUGAUGUGGGCCAGACUGUAGGCCAUUUUUUAAAAGCAAGUGGACAGUCAACAAGAAGUGAGUCACUUCCUUUCCCUCCCCAGGAGACCUCUGGCCAUUA